AUGUGCUACAUAUUCAAUUGCUUCGGAUGGACACUUGACCUUAUACAAAGGUUCAUCACAUUCUUCCUAGCUUGCUGGCUUAUGUACGCGGUAGGGCUUGGCCUAGCAGUGGCAUUAGCAGCAGGCAUAGCCUACGGAUACAACUAUUCAAUGGCUGAAUUCCUCACAUUCACAAGGUCGGAUGUGUCCGUAUACAUGAGACGGGGUCAGUUCCUAGAUAGUCCGGAUGUAUCAACAGAAGGAAGUUUCAGAAGAUCGGCUAACAAGGAGCAAAAGGAAGAAGUGCCAGUUAAUAGUGGUAUCGAUUAUGCUGAACUUAGAGAGGGCAGUGUUGAUAAAAAACCUGUCCCGCUUGCCGACUCUUGGCAGAAAGCUUAUGACACUAGGCAAUAUGCUGAAAGGCUUGUCAAGUACGAGCAAAAGUCUUCACAAGCCAUAGCAAUAAGCAAUCAAGAUGUGCAAGCUGAUGUAAUGCCACCCACAACCGUGACACUUGAAGAAAUGCCACAUAUAAAAUUGACUCAACCGUCUAUAAGCUACAAACACUCCACUCCGUCAUCUCCACCUCAAACAUACACAAGUACUAACAUUCUGAUAUCGAUGACACCAAACAUACUAAUAUCCACGGCAUUCUACCAAAGUGGCAACUCACAAAUAGUCAUGCGGAAUUUCGAGCCAAUUAAAGAAAUUAUCGAAACAACCACCACAACUCCAGAAACUCCAGAGAAUAUGAACAAUGACAAUUUAGGAAAUAUGGAACUAGUCGAAUACCCUAUUAAUUACAAGCCAUCUAAUUUGAAAAACAUAGAUUCUGUAACUAAAUAUGUGCUUGAAGCGAAACCUACUAAGACACGUCCGAUUGCCGAAUAUAAUGACACAUUUGAGGGCUUCAAAAGUUCUACAACAGUCACUGCUAUACCAAUGAGGCGUUGGGAAGCAGGUACUCCAGUCCAAGGCUCGGAUUACCCAAUCGAAGAAUUUUACCAAACUUAA